CCUAUACAAAUCAUUGAUGAAAGAAAGGUUUGGCGUUGUGUUGGAGAGGAGAGACAUAUUUCAACUCGUGGAUGUUAUCUGUUAUGUAUUUUGAGGAAUUCCAUCGUUAUUUUUCAAAGUUGCCUAGUAAAUUAUUUUCAGUUUUUGGACAUUUUUUCUGUCUUUGAAAAAGAUGACCUAACAAUCUGUCGCUAACAGUUGGACUUGUGCAUCCCCCUCUCCAGACCAAUAUGGAUUCGGACACAACUAUCCAGUCCGAGAAAAGCAACUACUCACGUAGGAAUCGCGGUCGUCACAGGAACCAUGACACCGAUCGUGAUGAUGAUAGUGAUUAUCAUGGGAGACGAGGACGACGGUCACGUAAUCAUGAAAACUCAGACUAUGAAUCGUCGAGGAAAAGUAGGAGUAUGAAUAAAAGUGACCGUUCAGUGACCAUCCAAACACCACCAAGGUCAGAGGGCGAUGACCGAGAAGAGGUCAUUGAAGUUCAGAUUUUACCACAGGAUGAUAAUUGGGGUGAUAAUACAACUGCCAUCACUGGGACCUCUGACCGUUCCUCUGACGAUGACCUCACACGCAUUGCCAAAGGCAUGGAAGACAGCAUAGGCUUUGACUGCAAUCGUUACUUUGGAUACUUAAUCGCCAGUUUAUUGGGAAUAUUUGCAUUCCUGUCACCAAUCGCAUUUGUUGUGAUACCGCAGAUUAUGUGGAAAGAUCAACUUCAAUCAUGUAAUACAUCAUGCGAAGGCCUCUUCAUUAGCAUGUCGUUUAAGUUGCUCAUACUAGCCAUUGGAAGCUGGGCGCUGUUCUUUCGCAAACCAAAGUCCACUUUACCACGUAUCUUUGUGUUCCGUAUGACAGUAAUGGGUCUCAUAUUUAUAUUUCUCAUCACCUAUUGGUUGUUUUACAGUGUACGGAUUAUAAACAACAAAGAUGAUGAUUAUUAUGGCAUUGUUCUGUACGCCGUCUCAUUAGUUGAUGCUCUAGUUUUCAUACAUUAUGUCGCAGUGAUUUUACUUGAACUGCGACAACUUCAAACUCUGUACACGCUUAAAGUUGUACGUUCUCCAGACGGUGUCAGUAAAUUUUAUUCCAUCGGACAAUUGAGCAUCCAGCGAGCUGCUGCUUGGAUUCUAGAACAGUAUUACCGAGAUUUUGGAAUAUACAAUCCCCACCUUCUGCGUGUUCCAACCUCACGCAUCGCAAAACGCCUUUCCAAUUUUAAGUUUUACGAUGUUGACGGUCCUGGUAAUAACACAACAGAACGAUCACGUGCUAUUAUGGCAGCGUCAGCGCACCAACGAGAUGCUCGCCGUAACGAACGGUUUUACGAAGAAGAAGAUUAUGUACGUCGGGUUAAAAAGCGGCGUGCACGGCUGGAAGUUGCCGCUGAGGAAGCAUUCAUGCAUAUCAAACGUCUACACCAAGACAAUGGUCAUCAUCAAAUAAUGAAUCCAACCGAAGCAGCUCAGUCGAUCUUCCCUUCAUUGGCACGUGCUUUGCAAAAAUACCUGCGUGUCACACGGCAACAGCCAAAGUGGUCUGUGGAGAAGAUCAUAGAACAUUUGGCAACUUGUAUUAGUUACAAUUUGUCGUCAAAAGCGUUUCUAGAAGCAUUUCUUCAGCCAGGUCCGUGUAUUAUUGAAGCAAAACGUCAUGAAGCGAAAUCGGAAACGUGGGAGCUUUUGUGUGAUACUGUUGUCUCACGUCCUCUCAGAUCAGAUCACACAUUCCAGUUGCGACAAGGCGAGGUCAUGUUACAAGUCUUUGUGAUGAAAACUCCGCAUUUUAGAAUGUUGGAAGAGGCAUACGAUUAUAAGGACAAUAAAUUCACAUUGCGCUUACAAUCGGAGACCUCGGUUUAAUCAAGUAUUAAUAAAUUCAGAAUUUAUUGUUUAUUUAAACAUUACUGAUGUUUGCUGCAGAUAUUUUGUCAAUUGUUAAUAAAUGUAAUUCAAAUUUGAAAUCAUUAUUCUAUUGUUUUUAAAUUAGAAAAUAUUGGUAGAUUUAUAACAUACAAAAUCUGCAAAAAUGUAAGAAAAUUCAACUUUGUAAAUCUUGUAGAACUAUGUAAAAACCAUUUUGAUAAUAGAUCAUGCACUUGAUUUUAAACUGUAAACAAUUUUGGAGAAAAACAAUUCUCACUAUCAAUUUUCAUAUCGAUCAAUAAUUUUAUCAUUUUUUGAUAAUGUUAAAGUAUAAGUUGUUGGUGUUUUAAAUGGUAAGACUUCUGAUCAAUCAGGUUUGAAUGUCUUUGAUACAAUAAAUACAGAACUUUUAGAUAUCUGAAGUUAUAAUAAGAUUAUAGUUGAGAUUGAAAAGUUUGUCUUAAUUAUAAAUUAAUUAAAAUACAAUGUUGGCUAAUAUACCCACCACUAUUUUUGUAUUUUUUAAAAUUCAUUAACAGACCUUAUUCCAUGUCAACUUAAAUACAAAAAACUACAGUAAUUGUUUGAUGUGAGAUCUUUGCCAGUUCCAAAAAAGAAUAGAGAAAGGAAUGGCUGUAUAUAUUACGACUAUAUGCUGAAUCUGACAUAUUAUAUUUUUCUCUUCAUUAUGAAUUAUUUACAAUAUUAAAAAUGAUUCCUUGAAUAAUAAAAUUCUUUACCAGGUUUGCAAUUGAUUGCCCUGUUCCCUCCAAGAUUUUAACUGAGUAACCAUUUUUUUCAAACCACAGAUAAUACCCCUGGUGAUAUUAUUUAAAGCGAUCCUCACUCCCUUACCAAACCGAAGUCUUCCCCUUCCUCAAUUUGAAGGUUAUUAUACCUUGUUUUAUAAAUCUAUCACCCACCGAUAAAUAUGAUAAACUAUUAUUAUUGUUAUUAUUAUUGGUCUUUUAGCAUAUCCACCAUUACAAAAAUGGAAACCUAUAGA